AUGGAUGAAAACCAAUAUUUAACCUCAGAUUCUAACGAUGAAAACAGCAUGAUAGUUAUUGGAAAUAAUGGAAUUCAGCAGUCACACCCACACUAUAGAAAUGAUGAUAAAAAAAGCAUUUGUUGGAGAUAUUUUGAACCAUUUAAAGUUCCGAAAGACGGAACAACAACCAAAUGUACGAUUGAUGGAUGCAAUACAAGCUAUGUAUGGUGUGGAUCAACUACUAAUCUUCUUAGUCAUCUUAAAUCUAAACACGGUAUAACAAAGUCCUCAGAACACACAACAUAUAUCCAAUCGCCAUCAUCAAACGUUAAUUUUAAAUUAGAGGUCAAUUUACCAUUAGUUAAAUUUAUUGUCUCUGCCGAAGCUUCUUUUAAUAUUUUUGAACAUUUAAAAUCUGCCGGGUUUGUUAACCCACAAUAUAAGCUGACUUCUUCAGAUCUUGCUGAAGAACAAAUAAAUAGAGCUUAUAAUUGCCUAUUCAAUCAAUUAAAAUUAAAGGCACGACAAGCGAAAACCAUUGCAUUAUCAUUUUAUUCAAUAAGUUCGUGUCCAUAUGGUCACAAAGAAUAUCACAGCAUAUAUAUGGGAGUUACUUGUCACUUUUUAUCCGAAAAUUUUGAAUUACAUAAAUUCUUAUUGUGUAUACCAAAACUAUGUCAAAAAUGUUGCAAUCUAAUAUAUAGGAAUAGCCUCUUUGAAGCCUUAAAUGAGUGGGAGCUAACUAACCAAAAAUUUAUUUGCAUUAGUAGUUUUGAUAUAGAUUUAGUCGAAGGAAUCUUUAAAAAUGUCUAUCAGAGUUUUGUUCAAAAUUUCAUACCUUUAAUAUAUGAUGAAGACAAAGAUGGGAUUAAAUAUACUAUAGAUAAUUUAAUACAAAUAUGUUUGCAAGAAUGGGCUGAUAAAAAUAUUGGUGUUCAAGGGAUGUCAGAAAUUAUUAAGAUUAUUGAAAAUGCUAUUAAAAAUCUCAAUGCAAUAAUAGAUUUCUUAAAAUCUAAAAAAAUACAGAAAGAGAUACUAAUUAUGCAAAACACUUUAAGUUUUCUUGUAAUCAAUGAUAUUAAAAGUGCGAAUCAAAUUAAAUGCAAUUGCAGUUAUCACAAGAUAGUAUUUCUCAGAUUAAUGGAGUGUCCCUUUAAACAAUUGAUUCAAAAUCAUAACAAUUACAACGAUGCUUUUAUUGGAGCGGGAAUCAACCGGCUUAAUGAGCUUUCAUUAGAUUCUUUACCAUUUGGCAUACUUUCAAAACUCUUACAACUAUUUGAUCCUCUUAAAAAAUAUAAUGAAAAUGACAUUUGUCUAAAUAAAAUCACUCAAGAACAAGCUCUAGAAUUGGCAAACAAUAUUAUGAUUAAUGCUGAUGAUAUGAUGAAAGAAGUUUCUCAAUUUAAUGAUAUAGAGCAUGAAACUUUUAAAUCCUUUUUAAAUUUAAUUCCUAUAUAUUUUCAAAAAACAGGAAUACUUACUAAGGAGUUGAUUUCAUUUUUAGAUCCACGAAUUAAAUUAAACCAUUCAUCAUAUACUAUUAAAAAAUAUGUGCAAACAGAAUGUCGAAUGUAUUAUUCAAAGAUACUAAGCCGUGCUGAUGCGCAAGCUGAAGCUUGUCUUCGAACUGCUAAUACCAUGGUCCAAGACCAACUGAACUUUUUAGUUCAAAAUGCUCCGAUUCUCCCAAUUGCUGACAUAAUUCAAUCCGAAGUCGAAACUUUCGCAAAUGCACUAGCAUAUGAGGAAGUGGAAAAUUAUAUAGAUUAUCCAGAUUUACUGUUGAACAAAAAUGCUAAUAUACUUGAAUGGUGGCAAAAUUUGAAAGGGACGUUUCCUGGACUGUCUGCUGUCGCAAGAGAAUAUCUGUCUAUGCCACUAGAACAGGAAAUGGAUCAGUUAGAAAAUAUUGAAAAGCUCGAAAAUAUCUAUCAAGAUUUUGAUACAGCAAGUAAAAUAAGCUUUUUACAAAACAAUAUGAAAUAUUUUGAUUCGUCACUAAUUACGUAG